UUUCCACAUUUCCAUUGCUGAUUGAGAAGAGGAGCAUCAGAAGUCCAUGGCAGAGUGAGCAAGACAGAAAGCACCACUAUUUAAAUGGUGGGCAAUGUGGGCAGGUGACACAAACCCUUUAUACCACUCCUCUUCAAUCUCAGUUUUGUUUGUAGAAUAAGAUUCUAAAAAACCAAAUCCCCAAAUUUCCAAUGUCAAAACCCUCAUCUCGAAUCUUCCAAGGUCUGCUCCGAUUCCACCGCCACCAAAUCUCUAAGCCCCCAACUCCGCCCACCACUUUCCGGCGGACGUACCACCACUCCAAUGGCCCUCUCCCCCGAUUCCCCGCCCCCCCAAAACCCCUCGGCAGCUCCUCCUUCCGGCCCGGCGGCGUCGGCCUGAGAUUCUUCUCCUUCGACGCCGGCAAUGCCAAGAAGGUGUUCGAGAAGCCGCUGGCGGCGGCGGCGUCGACUUUCUCGCGGUACCAGGAGGCGCUGGGGUUGCAGGUUGAGGCGUUCUGGAAGAGGAACAAUCUGGUGCUGGUGGGAGCUGGGGGAGUUGUGGUGUGUGCUCUGCUCUGGAAGAUCAUGUUUGGGAUUGCUAGCACGUUUGUGCACCUCUCUGAGGGAAUGGCCAAGUAUGGCUUUUUAGCUCUGUCUUCUGCCAUGGUUGCUUUCGCCGGCCUUUAUCUGCGGGCAAGGUUCACAAUAAAUCCUGAUAAAGUAUAUAGGAUUGCCAUGACAAAGCUAAAUACAUCUGCUGGGAUUCUUGAGGUCAUGGGUGCCCCUCUAACAGGAUCUGAUCUAAGAGCCUAUAUAAUGUCCGGAGGUGGGUUUCAACUGAAAAAAUUCAAGCCAACUCUCAGGAGCAAGCGGUGCUUCCUCAUUUUCCCAAUACGAGGUUCCGAAAGAAGAGGUCUGGUCAAUGUUGAAGUAAAGAAGAAGAAAGGCCAGUAUGAUAUGAAGCUAUUGGCAGUUGACAUUCCCAUGGCAUCGGGACCUGAUCAACGGUUAUUCCUGAUUGGGGAUGAAGAAGAAUACAAAGUUGGUGGUGGACUAAUAUCUGAGCUGAGAGAUCCUGUUGUGAAAGCAAUGGCUGCAGAGAAGAUAUUUGAUAAUCUUGAUCAGAUUGAAGACGAGGAGGAUGCUGAAAAAGAACUUCUGGAGGCAGAAAGAAAGCAUCGUGAAGAAAUUGAGAAGCUUGAAAAAGAUGGGAAAGAUGGGACACAGUGAUUUUUUCUGUAGAUUUUCUUUCUACCCUUUCCAUUCUCUUCUGGUUUGUUUUGAUGGAGGAGUUGUAAAUAAUGUGCGAGUCUUUGACCAAAUUGUCUCAGAUUACUGUAGGUUACCUUGCAUUUUUGUUUUUGUUUUUUUGCAGAGUUGUUGACCAGGUUUAACUUUGUACUGCAAAUAGGCAGCUUUGGAAAUUUCUGAAGUUAAGAUGACCCCCUUGGGGCAAUAAAGAUGACAGUUGAAGCGACAAGCAUGCCUUGAUUCUUUGCUUCUCAGAUUUGUAAUGUUCACAGUGCUUAUAAAAUAUGCUUCAUUCAAGUGAUUA